AUGAAUUUAUACUUGCCCUGUUUGCUACUCCUUUUAUGUUCGCUAAAUGGAUUUUCGCAAAAGGCGGAUAAAAAACUACAACAAGCAGUGCUCAAUUAUAUUUUCAAUGAAUUGCGAACUGCACACACUUUGCUAUUCACCUGUCAAUUUAAUGAUACAAUUAAUUUCAUCAAAUAUGUGUCUCCUUUUCACUCAUUUCUGGAAAUUAUUUACCCAAAUUCACGCUAUGAUUUAGACACUUUGUUAACACAUAGAACCCAUGCCAACACAUCCAUACUGGUUGAUUGUAAAUGUAGCUCGGCCAAAAACUUACUAAUAACAGCUUCAGCUGAUUCAUUCUUUAAUACGACAUACAAUUGGAUACUUUGGGAUGAACAUGGAGCUUGUUUGCCAUACCUUACUUCACCUGAAAUCAAAUAUUUCGGUCCCAAUGCUCAGUUACUGCAUGUGGUUGCAAAUGAAAGCAUGUACCAAAUAUCAGAUUGCCACUCUAAAGGUCGUCAUUUAGGUGCCCCUUUGGAAAUUGUAUCAAUAGCUACAGUUUAUCAUGGAGAUAAUGAUGCAACACAUAUUGGAUUAAUUAACGAUAUGCAACAAAUGCGAAGUAUUUCUAAUAGAGGGAAUUUUAAUGGACUAGUUUUACGAGGCGCCACAGUUAUCGAUCGUGACAAUAUUAGCGAUAAGCAUCAAAUAGAAAAAUUGUUGUCGGGCAUAAAGAAGGAAGAUGGCAUUACAUCUUUUAGCAAAUAUCAUUUUGCCUUGCUGGAAAUUAUUCGAGAUAGAUUAAAUUUUUCCCUUACUUAACGUAAUGCUCGUGGUUGGGCUGGAAGACUGGGUAACACUUCAUUUCGUCUGGGUUACAUAGGAAUAAUGAGCCGCAAAGAAGUGGACAUUGGAGCAUCGGCAUCGUAUAAUCGACUAAAUCGUUACUCAGAACUCGAUAUUAUUCAUCAAGGCUGGAAAUUUGAAUCGGCCUUUCUGUAUCGCCUUACACCAAAUUUAUUGGUGAGAAAUUCAAAAGGCAACUUCCUAGCACCCUUUGAAAUGUAUGUGUGGAUAGUGACAACGGUUGUUGCAGUGGUUAUUACUGUCAUGUGGAUACGAAUUGAAUGGAGCCAUUCUAGGCUUAAUAUUGGAACAUUUAUUAUAAUUCCUGUCAAUGUUGUUGGUGUGUUUUGUCAACAAGGUUUGGAAACCUCCCCGAGGGCAGUGUCUACGCGAGUGAUUGCCUUAACUACCUUUCUAUUUUCAUUGAUUCUCUACAACUUUUAUACUUCAUCAGUGGUAGGGGGUCUUUUGAGUAAUACCAAUCAGGGACCCUCAACUGUUGAGGAGCUAAUUACCAGUAAACUGCAGGUUUCGUUUGAAGAUAUAGGAUAUUAUAAAGUUCUAUUUCAUGACAGAAAAGUGCCUAUAGCUAAUAAACUUUUGGAAACCAAAAUUUUGCCCAAAAUUGAUAGAAAUGGGCUUCCGCUCUAUACGCAGCUGAAAAAUGCUUUGCCAUAUAUGAGACGUGGCGAAUUUGCUUUUCAUUGUGAACUUGUUGAUGCUUAUCCGGAAAUCGCAAAACAAUUCGAUGUCACUGAAAUCUGCGAUUUACGUGUUGUUCAUGGUCUCAUUGAAACGGAACUGAUUAACUCGGUGGUUCAUAAAAAUAGCAUUUAUACCGAACUGUUACGUAUAAUAAUGGUACGCAUGAAAGAAUCUGGCCUUGUCAAGCGUUUGUUAAUUGAAAGGCAGCCAAAGAAACCAGAGUGUCAGAACUUGUAUACGGUUUAUCCAGUUACCUUCAAUGGAAUGGCUAAUGCUAUGGUGUUACUGGCAAUUGGAAUUGCAUUGUCAGCCAUUUGUGGUUUUGUGGAAGUGCUCAGUGCAAAACUUUGGAACAUUUAAUUUGGACAAACCAUAAUAAUUUAAUGAAAUUUAGUAGUUCAUUUAGUAGUGAUGCACCAGAAUCAACGCAAGUCACACUAUACAGUAGAUCGAUUUAUGUUU